AUGUAUUUAGAAAACCCAAAUUAUAAUAAUAGUGAGCUGGAUGAUGAAUUGGAUGAUGGUGAGCUAGAUGAUGAUGAGUUUGAUGAUAGUGAGCCCGAUGAAGAUGAAAUUGAUGAUGAACUAGAAGACUUUGAGCUGGAUUAUUAUAAUGAAUAUUAUUGA